AUGUCCACCACUGAUUCCCUUCCACCACCUCUUGGGUCAACAAGUCCAGAACCAGUAACGCCGUCUGUAAAGUCGCAUUCGAUGCCGAGUACUACUACAGCGACAACAACCCCAACCAGCAAUUUCCGCAUCACACCAAAGACUUCCAUCACCCAUCCGAUCAACAUUAGCUGGAUAGUCCCUGACGAGUAUUUACCGUUUCUUUCACUAUGCGAGCUGCCAGAUGACAUUGAUCUAUACGAUUUGACGGAUCCUUGCUUGGAGCAGCAACUGACGCCUCAAUUGGCACGAGCACAGCACGCGACGGAUCAAGUAUCCCGACCUGUUAUUGGCAACUUGGCUCUUAGUUCAUGUCCGGGGAAAAAAGUUCGACUUACAGGACCUACUCGUGGAAGGGCAGCUAUCAAUCGAGAUCUUGACUUGGAUUUCAGUCGAAUGAAGUCGUUUGGUAUUACGACACUUGUAUGCUGCCUGGAUGACAUGGAACUCGAUUACCUCGGUGCUCCAUGGCCAAGAUACUUGGAGGCAGCGACACAAAAUGGAAUGAGAGUGAUACGAUUACCCAUGAUUGAAGGAAGUUGUCCAGAAACCAUUCAAGAAAUGGAUGCCGUGAUUCAUAUGGUCAAUGAGACGAUCCACAAGGGCGAAAAUGUACUCACUCAUUGUCGAGGCGGAGUGGGUCGUGCUGGUGUAUUCGCUUGCUGUUGGCUACUAAGCAACCUCUACUGCCUCUCCGCUGAACGUGCUAUUCGCUAUGUCCGGAUACGAAGAAGCCCCAAAGCGAUCGAGACCAUGCGACAAGCCGAGUUUAUCAUCCAUUAUUCACAAUACGUUGUUGACGCCAUGGAACGGAAACAAACCCAUCGUCACUAUUAUCAAUCAAAGAUGUUGCAUCCUUCGGCUCCCGUAUCACCAACACAUGUCGAUAUACAAUCCCUCUCAUUAGAACAGCCACAACCCCUCCGAAUGUCUCAUACGGAUUAUACUUUAACGGUGCCAUCCCUUUCUGAUAUAUCCAAUCUCGAACGCUCGAUGCGUAUCGGUGAUCAAGAUGAGUUGAUUGAUGAUGUCAUUAGACCACUAUCUACACCACCACAACACCAAUAA